AUGGGAAAGAAAAGAGCUGACCGUGUUGAACUUAACAAAUACAUCCAAUCUCUUGGAUUGGAGACUUAUGGGAUAGAUCCCAACCACAUAGUAAGAAACCCAAUGUCCAACUACAGGCCAGUCUAUGCGCUAUAUACAGUUGGACUGCAGGCUCUUUUCGGUUUAUUGAUGCGCCAUCAGAUACAGGAUAAUCUAAUUGAUCCAUCAGAUCCGAAUUCGCUUAGCAAAAAGAUAGACGAGUUUCUAAAGAAGGACGGUCCCAUGAUAUGGCCUGAACCAGGUCCUGGAGAAAAACGUCAUCUGCUCAAACCGCAGGACGGUAUCAGCUAUGUCCGCGAUCUGAUCUAUCCGCGAGACAGCGUCAUCCUGAAAGAGCGCCUGCUGGCCAUCUUGCUUUGCCAGGGAGCCAGCUCUGAGACAGACUCGGAGUUUGAUCCUGACGACACAAUCGCUGUGGACAUAUUAGGAACGAAGAGAGGCGACUUUGACAAGAUAAACGACGAGACUGCUAGUCAACGCACAGAAUCUGAAGAGGGAGAAACGGAUAACAAUUUUAAUGAAUCUGAAGACUCAGUAUUGGACAGCAGAAUAGCAUGUCAAGCUAGCAAUCGGAACACGAAUCCAUCCGACCCUGCUUUCAAGGUUGAGCUGCGACUUUAUCGCAGCAAAAAGCGACGCGCUCUAGUCGGCCCAGGCACAACUUGGUCCUACGCAAACCUGAUGCUCACGGAAGGAGCCAAGUCAUGUGAGGACUUAUUUGUCCUCAUAUGCGACGAGAUCGAGGCUGACUGCAGCUUUGUCAUCUUCCACUUGCCAGAAGAUAUGUCUAUGGAGGGUUCGGUGCGCAUCGAUCGAGAAUCUAGAGAAUCUGAGUUGUUAUUUCGCCGCAUCCGAUCUAUCCUGCAAAGAGCAAGGAGAUUUCCAUGCGGUCCUUUGCGUCGUUCAGUCGAGGUAGAAGUCGGCUUAGGAACUGAUUAG